AUGGGAAGCUUCAACACCCUCUACACCUUCCUCUCCUCCCACGUCCUCCCCCAAAACAACAACAACAAUACCACCAUUGCCGAAGACGUCAAAGAAUAUACCCAGCCUGCCACAAAGACUCGCCACCACCGCACUUUCAGCGACCCUUCCUCGGCCAUGCUCCCCAAGGAGACCGUCCAAAAGCUCUUUCCCUGCGACAAUCGACACUCCUUCAACCCUCACUAUCAACACAACCUCCACACCACUUCCACCUCCACCAUCUACUCCACUCCCCCCUCCCUCGCUUCCUCUCCUACCGAUUCCUCUCCUUCCUCAACAGCCUCCUCCUCCCACUCCCACACAGCUUCGUCUACGUACACAAUGACCCAGGCGACCCAAAAGCCUUUCUAUCAGCAACCCCACCCAAGGCGCUCUCAGUCUGCGUCGUCCACUCGGAGACAGCAGCAGCAGCAGCAACAACAAUACCACAACCAGCGCCACUACAACUACAGCAACAACCGGCAGCAGGCCAGGCGGCUUAGCCAGCGAAGCCACGCCACUCACCUUGAUAUCGACAACAUGGACGAUGAUAUCCUCAUUGGAUACGAUAACCAGCAGAUCUACUAUGGAUCCGGAUCAUCUACAUCCAUGGCGCGCGUUCACCCCAGCGGCUCGCCUCCCUACGAUACCCACCCCUCAUUCCCCUCGUCCUCAGAUCGCCAACAUCAGCAAGAGCAUGCUCGCUCCGGAUACAUCUCGGCAAUGUCCUAUCCUCCUCGUUUGUCGGAGAACGAAAGGACAAUGUCUCCUGCAUCUCGAUCUCUUUUUGCUGCUGCAGCCUCGGCUGUCAAGAGCAGCAUCCAAUAUGGACAAGCAUCCUCCUCCUCUCAGUUAAAACCACAAUACCCCCAACAUCAACAACAACAACAACACCACCAAGGAAGGCAACAACGCCGAGCGGAGCAUGUCCGCCAUCAAAGCGCCUCUCACUUUCUGCCAAGUAUCUCCGAAAGGAGAGCAACGAUGCAUAUGCAUGAGGAGGAGGAUGUCUAUACCUUCGAUUAUGCAUCAGAAGUAGCUGCUGCAUCCACAGCAGCUGCGGGUGAAAUUCGAACUGUCUCGGCCUCGAAAUCGUCGUCGUCCUUGUCCUCGUCCUCGUCGUCGUCUGCUUCGUCCUCGACUCCUAUAACGGCCAAGCAAUCGUUGCUUCGAAUUGCCCGAUGCGAUCCUCGUCAGGACAACUGGUGCUCUCAGCAGUCUGGCCAGUGGACCCGUCUCUAUGCCCAGACGCGUUCCAAUGGGCCCUUGGCCGAUGGCCGCCGUACUCGUCGUCUCUAA